AUGCAAAACUUAUUCCAAGAAAUUUUUCACGAAAGAACACUCACUCCUGAAAAACAAGAAUUAGCCCAAGCAAUAAUGAAUUUUGCCCAGACUUUUGGUAAUGAAGACCGCUGGUUAAAAGAAUGCUUGGACAUUCUUUGCGACAAUAAAGGCAACACUUUAAUCAACAAAUUACUUCGCCAUUUUAGCCAAAAAGCGGAGAGUUUAGUCAUCGUGGAAGACACAGGCGAAAUCGAUGAUGCCACUUACCAAAAAAUGAAAAAUACCAAAGAAUUUUUCGCAAAAUUAAGGGUUGAGGGUAUUCGGGCAGUUCGUGAAACCUUGCGCAAAUUUGCCCUCAAAGCCAUUGAUACCGAAACCGAAAUUUACACCCAAAUUCCGUCAGCUUGA